CUUGACGUCUGGUGAGUCUUUGGGGACCGGCAUUUUCCCACAACACCCCGCUCCUGCCCCCUCAGAUAACCAAAAUGGCGGACAGCGCAUCAUCGGUUGAGAUUGUUGAGGGCUGUCGCCUCCCAGUUCUUCGUAAGAACCAGGAACACGAGGAUGAAUGGCCGUUGGCCGAAAUCCUGAGUGUAAAAGAAGUGUCAUCCAGAAAACUCUACUAUGUUCACUACAUUGACUUCAACAAGCGUCUGGACGAGUGGGUCACCGCGGAUCGGCUUGACAUGAAGAAGCUUCAGUUUCCCAAGAAGGAAGCUAAAACCCCGACCAAGAAUGGACUUCCUGGCUCACGACCUGGGUCACCAGAGCGUGAAGUGAGGAAGAGUCUAGACCUACAAUCUGCCACAGCACCCUCCAGAGGCAAAACCCUGCCCGCACCGCUGUCGGCUCUCGCUGACCUGCACGGAAAACCUGACAUUAACAUCCAAGAUACAAAACAGAAAGACGACCCCAUCGUGCAGGUCGCCCCCAAAAGUUUGUCAGAUGUAGGCAGUGAUCAUGUAAAGCCACAUUUCCUCUUCAAGUCUAUCAAGAAGAGGAAAAUAGAGACGGUUCCGGUGGCGACCCAGGUUCCUCCCGCCCCCCCGGUUCCUUCACUGCCCAGCUCUGCCGAAGCUUCUCAGGCGUCUGUGUUUCCGGCCGCCCGAGAGAACAACACCUUCAAGACCCGAGACGAACUGGACCCGCUCUCGUCCAUCACCCCUACGCAGCAAAAUGGCACAUCACGGCGUCUGGUUCCGUCUCAGCCCGGCAGGAAGAGGAAAGCUAACUGUGGAGUCGCUGAUGAGAUGUUGAAGGUCUUGCAGUUUACCGAUGGCGCCAAUGUCUUUUUGCCACCACCAGAGGAUUCUCAGGACAGUUCAGACGGAAUCCCGUCCGCGCCGCGCAUGACCGGCAGCCUGGUGUCGGACCGCAGCCAUGAUGACAUCGUGACCCGAAUGAAAAACAUCGAGUGCAUCGAGUUAGGUCGGCACCGGCUGAAGCCCUGGUACUUCUCACCGUACCCCCAGGAGCUGACCGCCCUGCCCAUCCUCUACCUCUGCGAGUUCUGCCUGAAGUACCUGAAGAGUCUCAAGUGCCUGCAGCGACACCUGACGAAAUGCAACCUCAGACAUCCACCCGGGAAUGAGAUAUACCGCAAAGGAACCAUCUCCUUCUUUGAGAUCGACGGCAGGAAGAACAAGAAUUACUCCCAGAACCUGUGUUUAUUAGCCAAGUGUUUCCUGGACCACAAGACCCUGUACUACGACACCGACCCGUUCCUCUUCUACGUGAUGACGGAGUACGACUCCAAGGGCUUCCACAUCGUGGGCUACUUCUCCAAGGAAAAAGAGUCGACAGAGGACUACAACGUGGCCUGUAUCCUCACACUGCCCCCGUACCAGAGGAGGGGGUACGGAAAGCUGCUCAUCGAGUUCAGUUACGAACUUUCCAAAGUGGAGGGGAAAACAGGAACUCCAGAGAAGCCGCUGUCCGACCUGGGUCUGCUGUCGUAUCGGUCAUAUUGGUCCCAGACCAUUCUGGAAAUCCUCAUGGACCUGAAACCGGAUAAUGGAGAGCGACCCCAGAUCACCAUCAAUGAGAUCAGCGAGAUCACCAGCGUGAAGAAGGAGGACGUGAUCUCCACACUGCAGUACCUCAACCUCAUCAACUACUACAAGGGUCAGUACAUCCUGACUCUGUCUGAGGACAUCGUGGACGGACACGAACGAGCCAUGCACAAGAGACACCUGCGCAUCGACCCCAAGUGUCUCCACUUCACGCCCAAGGACUGGAGCAAGAGGGGCAAGUGGUAGACCGCAGCUCCUCCACUGGAGGCUGACUGGAUCAGAGUCCAUCAGAGGAACUUUUUUUUCUUGUACAAAUGUAACGUUUAUUUAACUUUGCCACACACCCCCCUACUGUCGAAGACUGGAACUGCGUCUGUCUGAGGACUGGUGUUCGUGGAGACGUGGUCCUGACUUGAGAAUAAAAGAGUGAGAGUCACCUCUGGUUUUCUUGGUUCUCACCUGGACUGAGGUCAGGUUCAGACCUGAACUGUUCUUCUGUGCUUGUGUUGGUUUCCUUUGGGUUUGUGGGCUUGGUCCCACCGUCCUGGUGCACAGCUGAAGUCAAUACCAGACCUGGGUCUCAGGGAGCUGCUGAGUGGAUGCCUGUGUCUCUGUGGGCUGUUCAGGCUCUGACCUGUAUAUCUACAGAGACGGGUCCGUCUGUGGGCUGAUCUGCUUUUGGGACUUUUUUUUUUUAAUAAAUGGAUCUGUUA